AUGAGCUCGGGUGAAGAAAUGAAUAAAAUGCUAAACGAAAAUGAAAACGAUUUAUUAAAUGAGUUAGAAAAAAAAUACAGUUUUAUCGAACUUAAGGAAAUAAAAAAAUACAAAGAAAAAAAGCAUUAUCAUGAAUUAACAUUGGAAAUUCAGAAAUUUGUAAAUACAAAGAAUAUAGAAGAUAGAGAUAAAUUUCGUUUAUUUUAUACUUAUUUAUCACCAAUAAUAAAAAAAAUAAAAAAAACAAUAUAUGCUGAAUUAUUAUAUAUAGUUACAAAUAAUUUUGAUGCAGAAUGGACAAUAAAUUAUAUAAAAGAAUCAGAAAAAAAUUUAGAAAAUGAUAAAGAUGCUAUAAUAAUAUAUAGAUGUAUAUUAAUACUAAAAUAUACAAAAUUAAAUGAUUUCAAAUCAUGUGAAAAUGAAAUAGAAUUUACAAAAAAUAUGUUACAAGGAGUUAUAGGUUUAAAUAUUAUUGCACACAAAUUUUAUAAUUUUGCAUUAAUGAAUUAUUAUAAAGCUUUAAAUAAAUCAGAACUAUUUGUAAAAUAUGCAUUAUUAUAUUUGGCUUAUACACCAUUAAAUAAUUUAGAUGAAUCUGAACAAAUCGAAAUAGGAACACAUAUAUGUAUUUAUUCUAUUAUUAGUGAAGAUGUAUAUAAUAUUGGUGAAAUUAUACAACUACCUUUAAUUAAUGUAUGUAUAAAAAAUAAUGAACAAAAUAAUUGGUUAUAUAAAUUAAUUUAUGCUUAUAAUGAAGGUAGUAUUGAUAUGUUUAAUGAUGUAGUUAAACAAUAUAAAGAUAAUAUACAAAAUUCACUUUUAAAAAAUUAUGAACAAAAUAUGAUUAAAAAAAUUACAUUAUUAGCUUUAAUGGAUUUAGCUUUUAAAAAAAAAAAACAAAGAUCAGAUAUUUUUUUUUCAGAAAUUUCACAACAUUGUAAAGUUGAUAUAAACCAAGUUGAAAAAAUGCUUAUAACUGCAAAAAGCAAAAAUAUAUUAUCAUGCCAAAUUAAUGAAAUACAAAAAUCUGUUAAAAUUACAUGGGUAAAACCAAGAGUUCUUAAUAAUGAAAAAAUAUAUCUUAUGAAAGAAAGCAUAGAUAAAUGGAUAGUUCAUUCAAAAAAUCUUUUAUCUUAUGUAGAAGAUUUAUCAGUAGAAUUAUUAGUAUCUUAA